UGUUCAUUUGGAGUGUUUGUUCGAAAUGGCAGAAACAGCUCCAGCAGCCCCUCCGGCUAAGGCGCCGAAGAAGAAGACAAAUUCUAAGCCAAAGAAGACCGGGCCUAGCGUGUCUGAAUUGAUCGUGAAGGCUGUGUCGGCUUCUAAAGAGCGUCAUGGGCUAUCUUUAGCCGGACUGAAGAAAGCUCUCUCUGCUGGCGGCUACGAUGUGGAGAAGAACAACGCCCGCGUAAAAUUGGCCGUAAAAAGCUUGGUUAGCAAAGGCUCUCUGGUGCAGACCAAAGGCACCGGUGCCUCUGGGUCAUUUAAAAUCAAUAAGAAGCAGGCUGAGGCAAAUGAGAAAGCAGGCAAGAAAAAGGCAGCCCCGAAGAAAAAGCCUGCUGCAGCUGCCAAAAAAGUAAAGAAGCCGGCCGCGAAGAAACCCACAGCAGCCAAAAAGACUGCAAAGAAGCCCGCUGCAGCCAAGAAAGCCACCAAGAGUCCCAAGAAAGUGAAGCCAGCUGCAAAGCCCAAAAAGACGGCUAAGAGUCCGAAGAAGGUCAAAGCUUCCAAGCCUAAAGUGGCCAAACCCAAGUCUGUAAAAAAGGCAGCCCCGAAAAAGAAGUGAUCGUGUACGUGUCGAGAGUAGUUCAGAAAAACGGCUCUU